UGUAAGGAAAAAGAAUAUAAGAAAUGCAAAAACUUCCAAAGGGGUCCAACUGAAGCCUGAGAAAUUGAAAGACGAGACAGGAAAAAGUACAAGAAGCGGGGUGCAUGAUGGUCCAAAUCCAAAGAGGGAACCACAAGAAUUAACAGAGCCUAGAUGUAAGAGGAGAAGAUUAGAAGAGAGUGAUGCCACCUUUCUGAGUGGUGAGGGGGAAAAAAACCUGAACAAAACACAGAGCCAUAUAAACAUGAGUGUCUGUUCUAUCAGUCUGUCCAGCAACAACAUGCUAGUAAAAGGAAACAACAUGGACACCAGACCUACAAAGACAUGUCCUGGAUAUGCAUCAGAUACAAUGAUGAACUCAAGGUCACCAGAGAGGGUAAGAACACCUGUGAAGGGCCCAGCAAAAGCACCCCAGGCAAGGAAGUUAGACGCAAGUGGAACUAGCCUCACCCGCCGGAGAACAAGGAGUUCCUUUGUAGGACAUGGUCAAGACUCCCUGCAAGAACAUCAAAUAAAGGACGAUUCAGACUCUGAAACUAAAGCCUCAAUCGUGCAGCAAAUGGGACUUGCCAGUGGGAUUCAGCCAGUGAGACUUGGUAACAUUAUGGUCCCCAAACGAAAGCGUGGAAGGCCUCGAAAGAUUACACAGGGAGACCAGGAAGUCCCCCAACCAGCCUGUCCCGGUCCUAUUAUCAAUGGUCACAAAGAAGAAGAUGUUGAGCAUAGAGGAACAAGAGACCAAUCGGUGAAGAGGCGGGUCAGACCGAAGAGAAAGUAUUGGAAUGGAAAGAGAAGUGUGGAAGUGGAGGAAGACGAUAUGAGCUCAGCAGGGAACAGAACAGAAGAGUCCCUGUCCUCUUCUGCAGGUUGCGGCCAGGUGACAAGCCUGCUGAAGCCUGCUAGUGAAGCAGUAGAUGUGACGGAGGAUUUCAGAACUGAACCAAGAUCAGAAUCCCAAUCCUGUAUGGGGCACCCGCAGAUCUCCAGUCCAGAACUUGGUGGACCUCAAAUCGAAAAAAAGAAAGUGGGUAGGAGUCCGGUGGAAGUGGGGGUGACGGCAGAGGACAAGAUGACCGCAGUCAGACGGCCUCCCACAGUGAUUCUGAAGAAGUUCCAAGAACUCCUGAAGCACCGGCACCCAAAGACCAGGAAGACGGAUGAAGUGAAGAAGAAACAAGCAAGCAAAUCUGAUAACGAUGUUGGAACUAUAGAAGAAGAAUUAGUGAAACUAAGUGAAAAGUGCAACGGGAAGGAAUCAACAGAGGGGAUCUUCCUGUCUCUUGAUGGCUCACAGACUGCAAAUAUAAAUACAACUGAUGAAAACCAUAAUGAGAUCAUCCGACCAGCGAAAUCAGGCAAGCAAUCAGAAGACAAGACAUCGGCUACAUCAGAGAAAGAAAAGAGGUUGCAUGAAGAAAGAGAGGCUGUGACUGGUGUGCUGGAGAACCUUAAAGGAAUGAUGGUGUUGCCACUGGAGAUGAACACAGCAAAAGUAGAAAUAACCAUCAUGGACGAUCCCAAGCUAGUUCCAAAGAAACAAAACAAGGAAUAUGGUGAGAACACUAAUCUCAAAAGUAAAACAAGACAGUUGCCAACCUUAAGUGAGAUGGCCAAAAUGACAAAGAGAGGAGGGCCAGAGAUGGGUUUUAGAGGAGAGAGAGAAAAAAACUCAAAGGAAAAGAAAAGUCUGGAAGACAGACGUGUAAUUGAAAAAGAGAUGAAAGGCAGUAUGGAUGAGGACAUUUCCAGUGAAGAGUUGGAUGUGGUGGGCGGAAUUCAACUGAAUUCAACUGAAUGCACCGCUAUCGAAGAGGUGAGCGGUGAAGAAGAGAUGGACGUGGGCGUAGAUGAGGUCAGUUUGGAGAAGGAGCAUCCAUCAGCUCAGCCUAAUGCAGCAGCUUGUGCAGCUUCAGAGAGCACCAGACAAGAGGAUACUGAAGGAUUUAAGGCCACUAUGGGAUGUCUCAUCCUGUCUCAGAAAAACAAAAUGACUCUGCCCGACCGCCAGACCCAAAGUAAAGAGAACCCAUCUUCCAAGAACUCUUGCAGGGUCACCACAGGCUCAACAGGAAGCUCUGAUCAGGAGGAGGAAGUGGAGGUUGACAUUCUGGUUUACUCUCCAUGCGCACAGGCAAAAGCGUGGGAGGAGGGUCUUACAGUUCCGGAAUUUACCACUGAGGAGGAGAUGGAAGAGGAGGAAAACGAGAUUGACGUGAUUGGGUUACCGAAGAGCCACUGAAGCAGUGCCGGUUAGCCGCUGUUUGUGGUCAUUUGGACGGUUUAGUUUGGUGAACGUCGGGUCCGG